AUGGCAAACAAAACUGCAGAUAGACCACUUAUCAAUCCUGAAUCAACAUCAAUGUUACCUAUAAUGUCUGCUCUCUACUUUCCUAUGUUUCUCAUGUCGGAAUUCGGGAAUGGUUUCGUCAUUUAUUCACUUCUUUACCUCAAACGGCGACAUCACACGGCCAUUGAUAGAUAUACAUUAAGUCUCGCAACUGCUGAUUUUCUACUCACAACAUUAACGGUAUUUAACGGUUUAGAAUACCUUCAUAAUGAAUGGAUGUUGGGAGAAGUAUUCUGCAAAAUACACGGAACGCUAGUUGAACUCUCUUACAUUGUUUCUACUUUAACCAUAGCAACAAUAAGUUACACUAGAAGUAAAGCAGUUAAUAAUCCAUUCAAGAUGCUUCAUGAAGGAAAAAAAACAAAAAAAACUAUCAUCUAUAUCUGGCUCACUGGCUUAACUCUUUCUUCUCCAUUGGCGUAUGCUUACACUGUCGCAGGGCGAAACGGAAAUUUGCAUUGCAGCAAUACGAAUUUUGGAGUAAGGACUCGACAAAUAUAUUAUCUCUUCCAAGCAACGGUACUCUUCUUUGCGCCUGUAUCAGUUAUGAUUGUUUCGCAAAAAAAGAUCACAAGAGGUCUACGACAACAUUCGAGUAAUAAUCAAACUGUGAUGGCCUCCAACGACAGGAAUUUAUCUCGAAUGCUAAGGAAUGAAAGGCAAAUACGAAAGUUACUGACAUGCUUGUGGGUUAUGUUCGUUUGUUGUUUUACUCCAUAUAUUGUCAUGCGCACGAUAGACCAUUUUACAUCAAUGAGGAAAACAAGCAAGAUUUCGAACCAAAUUUGGUACAUAACUCAGCUGCUGGUAGUUCUUAAUUCAUCAGUCAAUCCGUAUUUGUACUACAGGAUGACUAACAGAAGAGGAACUUUUACUCAGCAUAUUUUAAAAUUAUUCUGCUGUCAGUCCUCGAUAUGGUGA